AUGGCUGAAGCGCAGGCCCCACCAACCUUCAAGCUCGUCCUCGUCGGUGACGGUGGUACUGGAAAGACCACCUUCGUCAAGCGCCACCUGACUGGUGAAUUCGAGAAGAAGUACAUCGCGACUCUCGGUGUCGAAGUCCACCCUCUUACUUUCACCACCAACCUGGGUACCAUUCAGUUCGACGUGUGGGACACUGCUGGUCAGGAGAAGUUCGGUGGUCUCAGAGAUGGUUACUAUAUCAACGGCCAGUGCGGUGUGAUCAUGUUCGAUGUGACCUCCCGUAUCACCUACAAGAACGUUCCCAACUGGCACCGUGACCUCGUCCGUGUCUGCGAGGGUAUCCCCAUUGUCCUGACCGGUAACAAGGUCGAUGUUAAGGAGCGUAAGGUGAAGGCCAAGACCAUCACCUUCCACCGCAAGAAGAACCUGCAGUACUACGAUAUCUCCGCCAAGUCCAACUACAACUUCGAGAAGCCUUUCCUCUGGCUUGCUCGCAAGCUUGUCGGCAACCCUCAGCUGGAAUUCGUUGCUGCCCCCGCUCUUGCUCCUCCCGAGGUGCAGGUCAACCCCGAGCUCCUCGAGCAGUACCGGAAGGAGAUGGACGACGCUGCUCAAAUGCCCCUCCCCGACGAGGACGACGCCGACCUGUAAGCGGCUGGUGAACGCGAGUCUUUGGAGGAUUUUCUGUGAUUCUUUCUCGUGGCUGCGAUGCUCCGCAACCUACUAGCUUCGUGAUAUAAAGCCUCGAAUAACGAAUGCAACGAUAGCGGUCGGUGGAUGGGCCCGAGGAUGUUUGGCACGAUUAUGCAUUUGAUUUUCCUUACAAAUAGUAGUUAGACACAUUUCAAUAUUCUUUUGCUUCCGAACGACACGA